AUGAGUCCGAGGAAUGUUUUCCAAUCUGCGAUGGGCAAGCAGGCAAUUGGUGUCUUUGGCACGAAUUUCUACUCUAGAAUGGAUACGUUUGCGUGCGUCAUGUGCUACCCUAUGAAGCCGUUCGUGGGAACGCGAUCCAUGAACUACCUGCGCUUCCGGGAGAUGCCAGCGGGUGUGAACACUAUCGUCAUGAUUAUGUGCUACACAGGCUACAACCAGGAAGAUUCCCUGAUGCUGAGCCAAUCUGCAGUGGACCGUGGCUUCAUGAGAGCAGUCUCAUACCGGUGCUACGCUGCAGAGGAGAAAUGGGAAGGGAAGAAGCCUGUUGACGAGUUUGGCCGCCCGCAGGAACUUCGCACCCUCGGGAUCAAGAACGGUGACUACAGCAAGCUGGAUGCCGAUGGUCUUGCCGAACCCGCAACACGAAUUCUCGGUGAUGAUGUGCUAAUUGGUCGAACAUCCGUGCUGCCUCCCGACAUGAUCCGGGAUGAUGUGGGCCCCAAGAAGUUCGACAGAAAGGAUAGCUCGGUCCUAUGCCGAACGGCUGAGAGUGGCAUCGUGGACCAGGUCAUGGUCAGCCUGAACAAGGAUGGGUACAAGUUCACGAAAGUUCGCCUCAGGACGCUAAAGAUUCCGGAGGUUGGAGACAAGUUUGCGUCCCGCCACGGUCAGAAAGGAACGCUGGGCAUCAUGUACCGUCAAGAGGACUUGCCCUUCACCCACUUCGGGAUCACGCCAGACAUCGUAUUGCAGCCGUGUUUGCAGGGAUAUUUGAAGCACCUAGAAGCAGUGCCAUUUUGCGAUCUGAACAACAGUAGUAGUCGUGUCGUAGUGAUAUUGGCAGUAGUCGGGGUGUUCGUCGUAGUAGUAGCAUUAGUGGUAGCGGGGGGUAGUCGUAUGGUAGCAGAGUAG